AUGGCAAAUAGAGUGUCGAACGAUCAGCUCGAAGAACUAUUGGAGUUUCUUGGCCAACAUCCCGCUUUAGCCAAAGGAAUUGGGCUUGGAGCAAGAUCCAAAGAAACAGUUGAUAAACUGUGGAAUAAUCUUGCUACAAAGCUGAAUGCUCAUGGAUCUGGGUCAACGAAAUCCGGUGAACGGUGGAAAAAGUACUGGGCUGAUCUCAAACACAAAAGUAAGUCUAGACUUGCAAAACGGAGGCAAGAUUCUUUGGCAACUGGUGGUGGUCCGAGUAGCCAAGAUGAUUUAUCAGAGACUGACAAAAAAUACCGUAAAGUGGGGAUAUUUGGAAAUCAUGAGCCCAGAAGACGUAAAAAACGAUGUAAUGUUCCAGCAGGCCGAGGCAUCACAGCACGAGACAUUGAGCAAACGAAACCUAAAAAACCAAAUAAAAUGACAUAUAAUGAGUUUGUAAAUAGUGAAGUUGAAGUUUCUUCAUCUGACUCGUCUGAAAUAAUAGAUAUUUCAACAUUUGAUAUUCUAGAGCCAGGUCCGUCCAAGUUAAUAAUCCAAACAAAAAGUACGCAGAAAAAUAAAAUGUAUGAAAAAGAAUCUAAUAAACAUAAGAACACCAAGAAAGGCUCUACUACUUCUGAGUCACAAACCAUAAGUAUAUAUGAAGAUUCUGAUUGUAUUGACGAAAACUUUGAUAUUGAUAGAGAUAUGGAUUUUAGAAAUAUGAAUCGUUGUUCCUCGGGUCCAGUCACAUUGACAGAAAAUCAAGAGAUAGUCCAAUCUUCUGACAACAGAGAAUCAAAAACACACAAGGAGUUAAGCACACUCGAAACUAUAGAACAAAUAAUCCAAACUUCUGACAACAUAGAACCAGGUACUACAAAGAAGGAGUUUAGAACAACCGAAAAUAUAGAAAACUUUAAAAUAACUACACCUUCUGACAUAAUAGAACCAGACAUGACAACAAAUAAAACAAGCUCAAUCAGCAUUCCAGAAAAUCAAGGGAUUGUAACAACAGAGAGAAAGAGACAACAACGACCAAUGAGACUCAAGAAAACCGAGACACGAGUGAAUUUUAUGACAACAAAGAAGCAAAAGUUACUACCAAAGAGAAAUUACCAACAGAAAGCACUGACAAGACUAUAUCGAACCAAGAGACAAAACUAA